GGGUGUCUUACCAGUCAACCAUAGGGCAAAUCUGAAAUGUGUCAAGGUGGGUGCAGUGACAAAAAAAAAACAUGUUACCUCCUUUUCUAGAUAAUUAGGCGUAGGGGGCGUAGGACGCUGUCUUUUUAAUUUCAUUGUAUGAAAUCCAAAAUCAACAAUAAUCGUUCUUUCACCGGCCUCCCUAAUUGAAGUCGGUUUUUUUUUUUACUUUUUGAUUCUUAAAAAUUAUAUCAUUAGUAGUAUUCCAUUUUAUUUUACUGGCAACAUCGCUGUGAAAUGUCACUUUCCCUACCUCUCCUCACCUCACCUCACCGCCCAUCAGUAUUUUUCUAUCCUUCUUCGUGUUUGGUUGUGUUCCGUUCACAAUUUCUACUUAAUUGUUUCUUAUUUGUGUUUAUUAUCUAAUGUUAAAAUAGUGUCUGUGUACAUCCAAAAUGCCUGUGUUUCACACGAAGAUCAUCGAGAGUAUACUGGAACCGGUCGCGCAACAGGUCUCGCGGCUGGUGAUCCUACACGAAGAGGCCGAAGAUGGCAACGCUAUGCCGGACCUCGCACGGCCCGUGCAGGCCGUGUCACUCGCCGUUAACAACCUCGUCAAGGUGGGCCAUGAAACCAUCGAGUCAUCAGACGACGCGAUCCUCAGACACGACAUGCCCGGUGCCCUACGAAGAGUGGAAGGAGCUGCCACACUACUACAACAAGCUUCUGAUAUGCUGCGCGCUGAUCCUUACUCCGGGCCUGCCAGGUACUAUAUGACUACCGUUUGUUAUGUUAACGGUGUGAUCAUUGAGUUAUCAGACGACGCGAUCCUCAGACACGACAUGCCCGGUGCCCUACGAAGAGUGGAAGGAGCUGCCACACUACUACAACAAGCUUCUGAUAUGCUGCGCGCUGAUCCUUACUCCGGGCCUGCCAGGAAAAAGCUGAUAGAAGGUUCGAGAGGCAUCCUCCAAGGGACGUCGGCUCUUCUCCUUUGCUUCGAUGAGUCUGAAGUCAGGAAAAUCGUUAAGGAAUGCAAAAAGGUACUAGAUUACCUUGGCGUGGCGGAGGUGAUAGAUACUAUGGAGGACUUGGUGCAAUUCCUGAGGGACAUAUCGCCGGCGCUGUCCAGGGCCGCUAGAGAGGUUGCAGCUCGCGCAGCGGAACUGACUCAUCCUCCUCACGCAGAAACCUUGGCUCGGUGUCUUGAAAGCGUUAAGCAACUAGCUCCUGUGCUCAUCUGUUCUAUGAAGAUAUACAUACACAUUCUUACAGAAGGUGGCAAAGGAAUAGAAGAGGCGGCUGAGAACAGAAACUACCUUGCCCAAAGGAUGGCUGACGAAAUCCAUGAAAUCAUACGGGUACUUCAGCUGACAUCGUACGUAGAGGAUGGCGGAGAAAAGGACAACAUUGCUGUUCUGAAAGCUCUGCAGGCUCAGAUCCACGGCAAGAUGGCCAACGCCCACGAAUUCCUUAAUGAUCCAGAUGCUUUACGCAAUAGCAGCGGGGAAAGAGCGCUGCGUUCGGUUCUGAACUCAGCGCAGCGCGCCGCGGAGCACCUCGGGCCGACGCACGCCGACGCUAUCCGCAGACAUGUCCGAUCUGGUGGUAUAAACGCUGACCAACUCUGCGAUGAGAGGCAAUACGGCCAUGGAAGAGAAGCCAAGGCCUUAAACCUGGCCUCCGACCUUCGUAACCAAAUCAACGAAGUGGACUCCAUAGUAAACGAAGGAGUCCGAGCGGCGGAACAGGCCGGUGGGAAAACCAUGCGAGCACGAAUGGAGACCGCUCAUAAAUGGCUUCUGCAUCCCAAUGCGGACCCCCACACGAGGGUCGAGGGCCAGAAGGCGAUUAACAGCAUCGUCUCUCAGGGACAGAGGAUAGCGGACGGCCUCCAAGGGCGCGAGAAAGCCGAGAUCCUCCAACUGUGCUCCGACGUACAACGUCUGUCGGACAAGUUGGCCGACUUGUGCGCCAGCGGACGUGGGGACUCGGAAGAAGCCCGAGCGAUCACCAGGGAGUUGACAGAGAAGCUGCACGCGCUGCAGCGCGGCAUGGACCGCGCCUGCGUCAACCGCGUGGUGGAGGACUUCAUCGACGUCGCCGCACCCCUCCGCCAUUUCACCGAAGCUGUCAACGCGCCCGAAGGUACACCAGGCCGGGAAGCAAACUUCCACGACAAGGCAGGAGCCCUCCAGGCGUUCAGCCAACGAGCGGCCGCCACCGCCCAUAUGGUAGCGGCUAACUCCCACCACAAUAAGAGGCUUGCUGAUCAGCUCACCCACCAUGCUAGAGAGGUUGAGAAACUGUCUCCCCAAUUGGUGGCAGCCGGCAAGAUCAGGCUCAACUAUCCCGAUAGUAAGGUGGCAGAGGAGCACUUCAACAACCUGAAGAACCAGUACGCCGACGCCGUUCUGCGCGUUCGUGACUUGUGCGACCAAGCCGUUGACCCGCUUGAUUUUGUGCGCACAGCUGGUGAGCUGAUGCAGAAACACACAUAUCUGUGCGAGGAUGCCAUCCGCAACAAUGAUUCGCAGAAGAUGGUCGACAACACCUCUGCCAUCGCCAGGUUAGCAAACCGCGUUCUACUCGUCGGCGGCGCCGAGCGCGAGAACACCGAGGACGCCGAAUUCGCUCGCGCUCUAAACAGCGCGCACCAGCGCUUGCAAGCGGCCAUCGCGCCGGCCGUGCACCGCGCCAAGGCCGUGGCCUUGGGAGACUCCUCGCAGGCGCCUGCGUGGCGGCAGGCUAACUCUGAGAUCAUCAACGCCGCUUCCGCCGUGGAAUCCGCUCUAUCCCGUCACUACGCUCCGCCCCCGCCACCGCCGGCACUUCCCGAAGCGCUCUCGGCGCUGCACGUGUCCAAGCAGCAGGCGCCGCCGCGCCCGCCGCCGCCCGCCAGCGGCGCGCCGCCCCCGCGCCCGCCGCCGCCUGACACUGAUGACGAAGGCGAGGACAUAUUCAGUCGCCAACCGCACCCCAGCCAACCUAUACUGGUGGCAGCGCACAACCUCCACAAGGCCGUUCGCGAGUGGUCGUCUAAAGACAACGAGAUCAUCGCCGCCGCCAAACGCAUGGCUAUUCUCAUGGCGCGCCUGUCCGAACUUGUACGCUCCGAUUCUAAGGAAUCCCUGCGUGCCAAACAGGACUUCUCAAAUACAGCCUACCGCGCGCUUCGAUAUAGCAGCAAGCGUGAGCUGAUCGCGACGGCGAAGGCGAUCGCCGAAGCGUCCGAGGAAGUCACGAGGCUCGCCAAGAAACUAGCCCUGGAGUGCACUGACAAGAGAAUUAGGACCAACCUUCUGCAAGUGUGCGAGCGCAUCCCCACCAUCGGCACCCAGCUGAAGAUCCUGUCCACUGUCAAGGCGACCAUGUUGGGAGCUCAAGUUGGCAUGGCGGAUUUCAAAGGAAGCGAAGAGGACCAGGAGGCGACGGAGAUGCUGGUCGGCAACGCGCAAAACUUGAUGCAGAGCGUGAAAGAGACAGUAAAGGCGGCUGAAGGCGCGUCCAUCAAGAUCAGAACCGAACAGGGCGGGUACAGGCUCCGCUGGGUGCGCCGCUCACCAUGGUACCAGAUUUAAGUGCACAAUCAACGCAGUAAGUGGUAGUACCAGUUCUAUAUUUGAACACUCAACGCAAUAGAUGAAUGCGUGGUACCAAAUCGGAACGCACACAAUGUGUAAUGGAUGUAAUAGAUGAAUGCGUGGUACCACUUGUAGUGAAUAAUCCUUUACCAUCUUAUUUUCACGGAAACGGACCAACGUGUAAUGCUAUUUCAGUCAGUACAAAAAGUUGAUGUAUUGUGCCCUUAAAAGUACCUACCUUAUCGUAUUUUUUAUACAACAUGAUUUUGCUCAGCCUACAACUUAUCUGCUUUGCCCAAAGUAAGUUCGCCUUUUGUACGUUGUAUUUUUUGUGCGCAAGAGAUUAAAUAAUAAAAAAAAUACUGAGGUUGACUGAAGUAGCAUAAAUACGAACGUUUCCGAGAAAAUACAAUGGCAAGGGAUUGUUCAUUACAUCUGUACCAGAUUUAAGUGUACAAUCAAUGCAAUGGGUUUAAAUAAAUAAAUGGGUGGCGGUAUCAGAUUUAAAUCUGCACAGACAAUAGACUCAAUAGAUGUAUGCGUGGUACCAUAUCGGAACGUAUACAAUGUGCAAUGGAUAUAAUAGAUGAAUGCGUGGUACCAGAUCGGAACGUACACAAUGUGCAAUGGAUGCAAUAGAUGGAUGCGUGGUACCAGAUCGGAACGUACACAAUGUGCAAUGGAUGCAAUAGAUAAAUGCGUGGUACCAGAUCGGAACGUACACAAUGUGCAAUGGAUGCAAUAGAUAAAUGCGUUGUACCAGAUCGGAACGUACACAAUGUGCAAUGGAUACGAUAGGUGAAUGCGUGGUACCAGAAUUAAUUCUACACGUUUAAUGCAAGAGGUUAACACAAGCAACCUAAUUAAUAUGCAACUUAAUUUUACUUACAUUUUACCAGUUCUGUAAAACCAUAGACAAAAAUAUUAGCAUUUUGUGUUAAUAUUUAAUAUGUCAACAUAGUUUGAAUCAAUAUGACGUAUUCACUCUCAUUUUAAUGUGGUAUCAAAGAAAGCGGACUAAUCUUUUCACAAACGCAUUAACCUGUGGUCUACCAAGCUGUCAUAAAAAGCAUUCUUCUGUCUACGCAGGCCGGAUAUUACCGGCCAAUUGUUUGUUGCCCCCGUCUCCCGCUCCACACCCGCGCGGGCCGCCCCUGAUUUGUUACGACGGAAUAUUUUUUGCACCUGAGCAAAUUCGCAGUAGAUUUUUAUUUUACAAAGUUUAUUUUGAUUAAAAAAAUGCUUUUCGACUGGGGUUAAAAUUGCCGGAGAUCUCCGUACGUAACAAAUAUGGGGCACAAAAUACUGAACGUAGAUCUCCGGCCAGGGCAGAUAGAGGGGUGCUUUUUUUUCUCAAAACCUUGACAAAAGUAUAUGGUUUUGUUGGCCGGAGAUAUCCGUUCUGGGUAGACGAUAGGUUAAAUGGUCAUUCAAAUAAGUCAUUAGCUUUUUCGAUAUAUUUUAGCAUUCAUAUUGAACUAUAUCGUCUUAGUUUUGACGUUCAAAUCUGUUGUGUAUGUGGAGAACUGAAGAAGUUGCAUAAUAUUUAUAAUAGUUGUAGCUUAUUGAUUGUAUCUUAGGUUGUCAUGCUAAAAUGAACCUUAAUGUUGCAGAUUUUUAUCCAUUUUUAUAAAGCAACAUGUCUGCUACAUUAAAGUUCAUUUUUGUACGUUCGAUUAUGCAAUUACUAAUAUUUUAGUAACACUUUCAUAAGUUGAAUUUUUUUUUUAUAUUUGUGUUCGUUCACCGUCAAGAUAAAUUAAACUUUAUAUGUACCCAAUAAGGUUACAUUUCGCUUGACGGCUGUAUUUUUUUACAACGAAUUAUUUUUUGAACAAAGUGUGACGAGGAAAGUAAGUGCCAUGUGCUAGUGCUUUAUAAUGUAACCUAGGUUUAGAAAUAGGUCUUAAUUAAAUGUCUUCGAACACUAUUAGUAUUAUUAUGAUUACUAAAAUACAGAUCGACACAAAAUAGGUAUAACUUAAUAAUUUUUUGAGAUUUUUCAUUGUUAUUUUUUUUUGUGUCACAUACCUGGCCUAGUGGGUUUAAAUCUUGGUAAGGGCAUUUAUUUGUGUGAUGAGCACAAAUAUUUGUUCCUGAGUCAUGGGUGUGUCAUUCUAAGUAUUUAUAAAUAUUUAUGUAUUUUAUUUAUCGUUGUCUACGUGCUCACAACACAAGCCUUAUUGAGCUUACUGUGGGACAAUUUGUGUAAUAAUGUCCUAUAAUAUUUAUUUUAUUAUGCUGUUUUUAAAUAAAUAUUUAAGGAUUAAUUUGGCAGCUACAAAUUUCUUUUUUAUUAAUGGUGUUCGAAAACCGUAUAUCAAUUAAUAUCCUGUAUUUUUAUAUACUAGAAUUAAUUAAUAAUUUACAAGAAUCUGAUCUAUUCGUGCUAUUUCGUAAUAUAAAGAUAUAUGCGUAACAUACAAUGCAAUGUAAGUAUAAUUAUACUUCUCGACAAAUAUUGGUACAAAAAAGGUUAUCGACCCCUGCACUUUAAUUUUUUUUAAAUAAAAUUAUUUAAUUUACACUGCAGUGUCAAUGAACUUUUUUGUCUGUGUUGGUUGAGAAGUAUACAUAGUAGCAGGCCCUUAAAUAUCCACCCUAUGUCUUUAAAUAUAAGGUUGAAUUUUAGGCGCUUUGGUUACAUUUAAGAAUGAAUCUAGUUAGUAAGUUCUGACCAUAGGCUGCGGUGACUGCUUACCAUCAGGCGGGCCGUAUGCUUGUUUGCCACCGUCGUGGUAUAAAAAAAGUGAGUUAUAUGGUGGAUUCAUUUUGUAUUGGACAAAAUCAGCUAACAAAUAACAGUUUUAGUUUUUGUAUGGUUUUGUAGGGCUUUUUUGUCUUCCCAAUACGUUGAUGUGGAAAUUAUAUUGCUAAAAUAUAUUUAUAAGAAAAUCUUUGCCUUAAAGCCUCUUUCGCAAAGUCUGAGUACCGUAUCGGAUAGCUAAUUAACAAAUAAAUUAACUGCCAGAUAAAACUUCCUACAAAACUUAGCCCUUUGACGACCGGUUUGGCCUAGUGGGUAGUGACCCUGCCUACGAAGCUGAUGGUCCCGGGUUCAAAUCCUGGUAAGGGCAUUUAUUCGUGUGAUGAGCAUGGAUAUUUGUUCCUGAGUCAUGGGUGUUUUCUAUGUAUUUAAGUAUUUAUAAAUAUUUAUAUAUUAUAUAUAUCGUUGCCUAAUUACCCUCAACACAAGCCUUAUGGAGCUUACUGUGGGACUUAGUCAAUUUGUGUAAUAAUGUCCUAUAAUAUUUAUUUAUUUAUUUAUUAGCCCUUUAUUAGUUAAGCUUAUUUGAAGAUUGUGAAAUGCCAAUAAUGACUUUAUUCGUCAGAUAAGUGGCAAGUAGCUUAUUCAGUACUUUACUUGGACAUCGUGAAACAUGGCUUUAGACUCCGAAUAUAAUAUAUUAUAUGUAGUAUGUACUGUGAAAUGUUACAUUUCUGUUUUCUUUGCCGAUUACCUAAAACAAACUUAGAAACAGCUUUAAAUGCUGUGAAAAAAGUGAAAUAAUACCCUUAUUUAUUUAAGUGAAUAAGAGCAUACUUUUUAUGGCAAAAAUUAAAUGAUUUGACAAAAUGAAGAUUCUAUGUUCUCUUAAGGUCCAAUAUAUAUCAUUUGAAAUUUGAAAAUUGUGUGAAAUAACGACCUAGUGUCCCAAAUAUAGGACAUUCGUUUAUUUUAACCUCGUAAGGUCCCAGGUCCUACCUAUAGGACUUAUUCAGUUCGAUGAAAUUUAAAUCAUAUUAUUCAAGUAGGACAGAGUUGCAUUUGUUUUGUUUCGUGCAAUUUUCAAGCAAAAUAAAAUCUACUGUAUUCCGUGCAUGAUAGGUUCAAAUUCCAGUGCCAAAUUUUGGAAUUGUCAUUUCUAUGGCUGGGCCUUAAGAGGUUAAAUUGCCAGGCCCCGAUAUAAAGUUUUAGUUAGCUUUCCUGGGUCUUAUUUAGUCCGGAAACCUGGACCGUGUGAGCUGUUAUGAUCGUCCUAAAAAUAGGAUAUUGGGUUACAUUUUUAUGUUAUAUAUUUACGGUCUUUCGGCCCGAUUCGAAGAAUGAAAUACGAUAACGAUAAGUUCUGGUUUAGAUAAGUUCUCACUUAUAUAUCGUUUGUAUGUCGUAUAAUUGACAGAAGCAGCUCGAUUCGGGCAACCAAUGUCACUUUGACGUUAGAAAUAUCGUAGAUAGAUCUUAUUCGGAUCACAGCGGAAUCGAAAUAAACGUCAAUUUUGACAUGUCGUUAAAUAAAAUAAAAAAAUAAAAAUUCAUUUAUUUCGGACAAUAAGGAAUCCAUAUACCUAUACAGCUUAUAACUAAAUUACAAUAAUAAAAAUUGAAAAAAUUUAUAAUUAUUAUUCAAUCAAAUAUACUACAGCUUUAAAAAUAAUAAAAUUAAAUUACAGUUAAAGAUUUUUCCAAGAUCGUAAACGUGUCUUAAUCAUUCUUAGAAUCGGGCCGUUUAUUUGGAUCCUUUCACAGUGCUAGAAAAUAAACAGUAUGUCUUCCGGUUGUGAUGCCCCUUAUAUGGUAUAUAAUGUACUAUUGUACUUAGUAUUUUACAGACUGGCUCAGCCUCGCCUUAUCAUUCACCUUGAGAGAUUGUCUUGUACAGUCAGCGUCAAAUACUUUUUAGCAACCAAAGUAGCCAAAUAGUUCGGUACACCAUAUAUUUAGUAUGGUGUACCGAACUAUUUGGCUACUUUGACAGCUACAAAGUAUUUGACGCUGACUGUACAAAAUGAAAUAAUGUAUAUUUUUGUAUGAUUGUGUGAUUGGUAUACUAAUAAGUAUAGGUAUGGGUCUGUAUAUAUUCUGAUUUUGCAAGCGAAAUUAAUCGGUUUUGAUGUCCUAAAUAAAUGACAAUGAAUCUGCUUAAUAACAGUCAAUAUGGAGUUAAUUUGUUUAUGAAUAAUUAACUGUAUUAAUUAUAGAAGGGACAAAGAAUUUUAGGAUCUCAUUCACAUGGAAUCCAGUAAGUGGAAACGAAUAUCGACAGUCGAUAAAUCGUGUUGUGUGUCGACUGAGUAACAUCCCUAGUGCGCAAAACGUUCAAGUUGAUACACAAAUGUCUCUGUUUGACCCAAUGGUUGACUGGUAGAGAAUGCCUUUCGGCAUUAAGUUCGCCAUUUGUACAUUUUUCUUUAUGUGUGCAAUAAAGUUUAAAUAAAUAAAUAAACAAGACCAAGUGCGGGUAGUUCGAAAAACUCGCGCGGCUAGAAGAUGUUGAUAUCAAUUUUGCCAGUCUUCUCCGAGACCACGGGGACAACGCCGUCCUCGAAACGUCGGAGGUAAAUUUAAAACUAUACGUGUUCAAGUCCCGUUCUAUAAUUUAAUAAUUGUAAAAAUCGUGAAAGUUUAAACUAAAAUCUGACAUUUUGGUCUUGUUAUGCUUUAUGUCUUAGUUAACUUUUGGUAUGCUGAUCAGUGCAUACCUACAUUUAACUUAACCACGUCACAUAAUAUUAACAGAUUAAGAAACAAGCCAGGAGUCAGAGGAGACUGCAAUGCAUUCUCUGUUCCUGUGGACCAUUAAUGUCAAAAAGUACCUACUUAGGGCGGCAUGUAUUGCAACCCUAUGAGGUACAGAACAUUACGGCCCAAAUAAUCUGGAAUUUCCUGGAUUCAACGGGCAUUAGUAAUGAACUUUAAAGGGCUGUCACAAUAGAUCACUGAUUGGUCGACGUGGCAAUCAAAGGCCCGCAACACCCCAAAAUAAUAAAAAAAUUUUUUUUUUUUUUGAACAAGCAAAAUUGUCAUCAGCAUCAUCGUCAUCAUAUCAGCCUUUUAUCGCCCACUGCUGAGCAUAGGCCUCUCUUCCAGUACGCCACUUGUCCCGAUCCUGAGCUAAUCGCAUCCAGAAGUGUCCCGCAAUUUUCCGAAUGUCGUCCACCCAACGAGCCAACGGACGCCAGGGGCUUCUUUCAUCCGAAAGCGGCCACCAUUCCGUUAAAAUUGUACAGUAGCAUAUCUAAAAGAAAGGUUGACCUUACUUGCCGAAUGUACUAUACUUUUAACACAUUCAUCUCAGAGCUAUGGUCGUAGCGCUACGUUGUAGCCGAUAACAUUGGUUUCCUGGUAUGUAGCGGAAAUGCUUCGUAGAUGCAAAACGACGUGUCGUGAUUGGCGCUGAAUGGGUUAAUAAUAUUUAUUUUGUGUAGAGUUUUUAUGUACACCGUACCUAGACUUAUAAACUUGUCAACCAGUAAAUAAUGGCGAAAUAUAUAUUAAGUACAUUAUACAUAGUAAAUAGAUUUAAGUGUAUUUAAUAUAGAAGAUUAUUUAACUUAAGGUAGGAACUGUGCUAAAUUGACACUAAAUUUUAAUAAUAGCGUGAUUUAUUAAUAUUUUAUAACUUUUUGUUGCCUUAUUGAUUAUUAUUUAUUCUAAUAAAGGAUUAUUUUUACUUCUGGCUUUUAUUUCCUUUAUCUUAUUUUAAUUUUGUAUCUUUUUGGGUACAAUUGGUAGAACAUAACACCUUACACUUGAUUUCGCUCUUUAUCGUUGGUCCAUAAGGUUUAAUCUUGUUUGCGCAUAAUAUUUAUUUCCAUAAAGUUUUAAUAUAGGACAUAAACAGACAUAGAAGUUUUUGUGGCAAAAUAAAGUGAUUGACAAAGUCAAAUAUCGACAUGUCUAUUAUCGAUGUUACCAUAGCGUUAUAGAUUUUUUUUUUAUACUACGUCGGUGGCAAACAAGCAUACGGCCCGCCUGAUGGUAAGCAGUCUCCGUAGCCUAUGUACACCUGCAACUCCAGAGGAGUUACAUGCGCGUUGCCGACACUAAACCCCCCCCCCCCUCGUUGAGCUCUGGCAACCUUACUUACCGGCAGGAAUAAGGCAUAGAUAUUUUUAACAUUGUAUAAAAAGAUAGCUACCGCGUAAUACACAACACAUUUGAUAUCUUCUUUGAUACAUCCAUUGUAGUUUUCUUAAAUUUUGACACUGAAUUCUAAAGUUUACGUUGUUAUUUUUAAAUACUUAACCUUUUCACCGCCACCGUCGGCUAUGGCCGACAUCUGAAAGGCUUGCCAAGGACGCCAGCAACGGCUACAGCCGACAGUUUCGCCAACGCAAUAGGGACUAACGCGGGCCUCCGUAAAGUUCAAUUUUUCAAUUUUCGUGAUCGCCUGCGUCCGGCGCACGGCGUGUUCCUUCGCCGUCUGGCGUUCAAAAGGUUAAUAUAUGUAAUAAAGAAAUUUUGGUCGGAUUUGUAAUUGAUUUGCAUUCUUGAUAUUUCCCGGUAAAUUAUAUCAAGUAGAAUUUACAUGACUAAUUGAUGUUAUUUGUCGAUGUUUCAUUUUCUCAAGCACUCAUUUUUGCCACAAAAUCUUCUGUCUGCACAUAAAAGAGACCUAUUCAAGUAAAAAAAGGGAUAGUUUCCACUUGGCCUAACAAGUAGUUUUAUUUCCAAACUAGUUACUUCAUCGCAAUUAAAUUUUAGCCAAAUGGUUGACUAAAUACGAUGCCCGUAGGCAUUAAGUCCGCUAAUCUAAGAUUAUUGUUAGAUGUGCUGAAUUGAUAAUAUAGUAGAUUAAAGAAAUAUAUUUAUUCUUA